AUCUGAAACUCAGGUCUUAAAUUGCGGUGGGAUCUGUUCCCAGUGAGUACUGUAGGGAAAGAGCUGUUUCACUUGAUGUGCAAAUAGGCAGCAAGUGUGCACGCUUUGCUGCUGUCUCGACAGCUGUGUGUUUACCCUGUUUCAUCUUUCAUGUGCUGAGGCAGACAGCUUUUAUCUGCUCUGGACUCUUCUUAUGUCAGAGUUUCCAAAACACGAGCGAUAGAUACACAUCUAGCAGUUACAAGGCUGGGCCUGGCAGAGGAGCAGGAAGUGAGAAGUGCAAUGAGAUUAGCAAAGGCUGUAUCUUCAGAGGCUCUGUUCAGCAAGACCAGUUGUGUGAGUUCUCCCUCUGGCACCCCGGGUCCUGGGUGAGUUCCUUACACCUAUUUCUAUGGAGACUGGCUGGGAGCAGAGGGGAGGGGUUGUCCAAGUGGGCCUCAGUGCAGAUCUCUGAGAGCUCUGAACGCAGGGACGGGUGUCACCAUGAAGGAAACGUGUGUCUGAGUGUAAUAGAAAAAGGGAGGGAUGGAGUGAGGAGCCCCCAGGUCUGGGUAUGUUAGCACAGAGACCUGAGGAGCUGAUGAGCAGAAAGCUUUACGUCCUGUGCUGUGCUCUCUUGGCUCUGAUAAUGGCAUUAGCACCAAGGCAGCGUGCACUAAGACUGUAGAAUUUCCUUCCUUGUAGCUUGCUGAGCUGCUCAGUGCACCACUCAGCCAUGCAGGCGUUCUGCUGGUGUUUGCAGAGCAACAGGAGGCUUUGUCCAAGGCAGUGGUGGGGAUUAACCACUGCAGAGGUUUGGAAGGUCCUGCUCUGUGCUCCAGAUGUCCUGGCCAACAGUCUCCUUGGUUUAACAUGUGAACAUCUGAGAGCAAGGCAGAAUGGCAUCUCCACAUGUGCAGAGCAGUCUUUCUGGAGUCUGUGCUGCACAAAGGAAGGCUUGCAAUGAAGAAAGCGUGGCUCAGACUGUAAACAAAUCCUUUCAGAUUCCAGUUGCACAAUGAGAGGAAUUGAGCAAAUUUCAAUUAUUUCAAACUGUAACAUGCCUUUGUUUUUACCACACUUCAGAUUGGCCAACCCCACCUUCCACUGCCUUGAAAGCAAUGGGCAAGAAGUUGUCAUCCUGGCUUGCAAACAGCUGCAGCUGUGUUCGUUGCAGGUGUGCUGUUGCUGCAGCAGUUGUGUGCUGCCUUCCCUGCUGCCUUUGCAUGUGUCCAACUCGUUUCUCAGGAGUGGUGAGUUGUUCCCAAACCUGCACCUCUCCGGGUUCCUAUGGGGCACCAGCUCAACCCUUUCUCUACUUGGAUCUGUUUGCUUUUGCUUCUGCACCCCCCCCAAAUAAAAAACCACACUGCAUCCUGCAGUUCUCACCUACUGUUCAAUAUCUCUGUUGAUAAGUGGAAAAAUCUGCCUGACAUUCCGCCUCCCCAGGUGUGUGCCUCUCCCUGCUGGCCCAUCUCUCUUUGUAAUUUUAUAACUGCAUAAGCAAUUAAAUGUGUUGUGAUAAGUAUUCGGUGUCGUCUUCCUUCCGUGUGCUGCUUGAAGUUGGGGCUGGAUGAGCUGAAGGUGAUGCUGUGUGUUCUGGAUGAUGUGGCCCGAACCCAGCUGCCAGCAGUAGUAAACCUUCAGUCUUUGCUGUGUAGCAGCUCUCCAAGAAACUCAGCUUGGCUUUUGCUGAGACUGGGGAAGGACCAGCUGAGCUGCUUCUGGUGUAUUUUGCUGGAAACCACAGGAUUUUGCCCCUCCUCCUCCUUAACGCUCUUCUUGAGGGACCUGGGUUUGUGUUUUUCUCCUGUUCCUCAGGUAAGUUUAGGUGACUUCCUUUGUACUUCAUUCUGUGGGUUGCAUCUGUAGCAGUGCUUCCACAUACGUUCCCUGUUUGCUGUGCUGUCACUUAGAGCUUGCUGCUUCUCACCUUCAGCCCAGGGGGGAGUUCUGGAGUGAGCCAUGCAGGUGGGUGAGGCAUCUCCUGCGUGCCUCCUUUCCUUUGCAAAACUGUGACCAAACCCUCCCAGCAGGGUGGGUGACAGAGGGAGCCUGCUGUCUGGUGGUGGAGGAGCACACGGUGAUGGAAGGUCUUCGUUCUUCUGCACGGCUGUUGUGCAGUGAACUCAGUGAAGCUGCAGACGUCUCCUUUCCUGAUCUGGCUCUGGAGAGCAAUGUUUUCCUGCUGGUGCCAUUUAUGUGCUGCCCCUUGCUGCAGGCAGAAUCAGCUGUGUUAGCACGGAUGAGUGAUUCUAAACUGUUCAUUCAGCUGCUGAUGACGUUUCCCUUCUUCUGCCUGGAGCAAGCUGCAGAUCAGAGGAGGCUGUUUGCAUUCAGUGACUUCCAGGUGAGGUGGUGGCACCUUUGUCCCCGUGCCCAAGGUGGGAUUGCUCACCUGGACCCACUGGUGACACAGGAGAUGCAGCUGCUGCUCUGCUGCCCUGCAUGUGGAUCACUGCAAAGCAUCAUCAGAGGUGAACCUUUGGGCCAGAAUGCUGCCUGGUGUGGAAAUCCUGAUGAUGGGUCCUUCCAGCAGAGGGUUCACUCUGGAGCAGCGUGGAGACAGGAGGACGGGAUGUGCUGAUCUCCAGGAAUGGCCCCCGGGCUGUGCUGCACUCCAACUCUGUGGUUUCACCACAUCCAGAGGAGCUCAGGUUGUUCUGGGGGUCCUUUGGAGCCCCCCCGGCAUGGGGGGAAAAAGCAACUCGAAGGUGGAUCCUGCGGGAUGUCACCAUUUUCUCCUGCUAGAGGAAAAUCUCUGCUUUCCACCUGCCCUGUAAAGAUGAGUGGGAGCUGCUGGGGGCCCCCCUGUGCACCCAGUGCUGAUUGUCUCCUUCACAUCCCCCCCCCACCCCGUGCUGUGUGUGCGUGCAGCGAUUAUGCAAAGUUGCAAUCAAGGAGCUGAAUUAGCAGCUCAUCUUGGAUUAAUUAGCGAGGGAUGCAAAUUUGUUCCAACAGGAAAAGAGGAAAGGAGGGGAACAAGGCUGAGGUCCCCCCUGGUUCCUGCAGCCCUCACAGCGCAGCGUGAUGACAAGUAACAAAACCCAACUCUGCUGGAAGGAAGAGCAUUUCUGGAGGCUGCCCCCAUCCAGCAUCUCCUGAUGAGGUGGCAUCACCUCGUUCCUCCCUGUGGAAUUAAUCAGCACUCGGAGCAGUGAGGGUAAAAUCAGUGGCUGCUGCCUCGAGGUGUGUGCUCACAGCAUCUCCCAGAGCCCCAGAUCCACUCUAAGGUGAUGAGGAUGCUGACGUGAGCGCGGGGGCUUCUAUAGGCCCCGCAGCUUCUCUAGGACCCCUGGCUUAGCUGUGUGCCAGAAGAGCUGGGAUUGCUGCUGGACCGUCCACGAUGGGAUCGGUGGGAACGGAGCGCCUCAAGGAGCUGAGCCCCAUGGGGACACCUGAAGGCAACGUGGUGAUGAGCUUCAGCUUCGACAGCUACCAGCUGGAGGAGGACGAGCUGCAGCGGGGCAGCCAGGCCAAGGGCGUGCUCACCUUCAUGGAGCCGGUUUCUGAAGACCCCGAGCCACAGGACCGAUACCACGGGAUCUACUUUGCCAUGCUGCUGGCUGGCGUUGGAUUUCUCCUUCCAUACAACAGCUUCAUCACGGAUGUGGACUACCUGCACCACAAAUACCCAGGGACCUCCAUAGUCUUUGACAUGAGCCUCACCUACAUCCUGGUGGCCUUGGUGGCCGUCAUCCUCAACAACGCGCUGGUGGAGCUGCUGAGCCUGCACACCCGCAUCUCCGUGGGCUACCUCUUUGCCCUGGGCCCCCUGCUCUUCGUCAGUAUCUGUGACGUCUGGCUGGAGCUCUUCACCCGACGGCAAGCCUACGCCAUCAACCUGGUGGCUGUUGGGGUGGUGGCCUUUGGCUGCACAGUGCAGCAAUCCAGCUUCUAUGGCUACACAGGGCUGCUGCCCAAGCGCUACACGCAGGGGGUGAUGACAGGAGAGAGCACCGCCGGGGUCAUCAUCUCACUCAGCCGCAUCUUCACCAAGCUGCUGCUGUCGGAUGAGAAGGAGAACACCGUCAUCUUCUUCUUCAUCUCCAUCGGCAUGGAGCUGACGUGCUUCAUCCUUCACCUCCUGGUGAAGCGCACUCGCUUUGUCCGCUAUUACACCUCCUGUCCCCGCAAGGGCCGCCCCGAGCCCCGCAGGGCCAGCGACCACGGGACGGGCUACCGCGUCCACCACGACGUCACUGCCGAGGACAUCAGAUUUGAGGACCGGCCGCAGGGACAGCUGGCAUCUCCCCGUGGCAGCCCGGGCCCUGAAGCUGAGCUGGCCGGCAGCGGUACCUACAUGCGCUUUGAUGUGCCCACACCCAAAAUCAAGAGGAGCUGGCCCAGCUUCAGAGCCAUGCUGCUCCACCGCUACGUCGUGUCGCGGCUCAUCUGGGCCUACAUGCUGUCCAUCGCCAUGACCUACUUCAUCACGCUGUGCCUCUUCCCCGGGCUGGAGUCGGAGAUCCACAACUGCACGCUGGGGGAAUGGCUGCCCAUCCUCAUCAUGGCCAUCUUCAACCUCUCCGACUUCGUUGGCAAGAUCCUGGCUGCCCUGCCUUACGACUGGAGAGGAACGCACCUCCUCGUCUACUCCUGCCUCCGCGUCGUCUUCAUCCCCCUCUUCAUCAUGUGCGUCUACCCCAACGGUCAGCCCGCCUUCGGCCACCCCGCCUGGCCCUGCGUCUUCUCCCUCCUCAUGGGCAUCACCAACGGCUACUUUGGCAGCGUCCCCAUGAUCCUGGCUGCUGGCAAAGUGAGCCCCGAGCAACGGGAGCUGGCAGGGAACACCAUGACCGUGUCCUACAUGACGGGCUUGACGCUGGGCUCAGCCGUGGCUUAUUUUGCCUACAGCCUCACCAGUACGUCCCACAGUAGCUGUUUCUACACUGAAACCUCCAACGGCUCCUUCCUGGGGGGGUACUGAGCCCCAGGACCGGGCAAUGGGGCCAGGAUGGCACCAGGCCCUGCCGCUGUCCCCAAAGGCCCUCACUGCCCACCCUGCUGGUCUCUGGGCGCUGUGCGGAGCCAAUUCUUGGGCUGAUGGCCCCCAAUGUCGUUGGUCCCAAUGUUCCUGGGGUCUCCCCCUGGGCAGUGGUGGUGGGAGGGAUCUUCUCCUGUUUGAGCCCUUGCCAAGGAGGGAAAUAUGGCAGAAUCCCAAAGGGAAUGGGGAUGGCACUGGGGAAGAGAGCAGUCGAGGGCUGUUGAGGAAGAGGAGGAGGGGAGGAAGGUGGCUCUGGGCUGGGCUCUUAGUGAUGGUGCUGCAUCUUUCUCCUGAGGACAGCUUGAAAUCAUGACCCCAACCUUCCCCUGUACUCCAAUUGCUGUGUAAGAGCCCCAAACCACUUCUGCUGCCUGGAAAGGGGGGGAACAAAGAAAAAAAAAAGUUUUUUUGCCCUCUCCUGUUGUCCUCUGAUCUGUGCUGUGCUGUGGGUCUGCCUGCAGGCUGCGGGGGCUGGGGGGAAAUGCAAUGACCUGGGUGCUGCCCAGGGCCACUGCUGGGCUUCAACUUCUAUCCUGUAAAUCCAACUGAACACAGAUCGUGUGUCUCACUUGGCAAUGAUCCCUUCUGUGAUCCACACUGCUGGGCCGGGAACCCCGGCAGGUGCAUGGGGGAAAGGCUUGGGGCUACAGAAGCAGCCGUCCUCCCACCUCCCAAAACUGAGAGCCAUGGGCUGCAGGGCACCUUCAGCCCCACUGCCAGCCAGGCACAGCUGAAGGGUUCCCCCUCCUUUCUUUGCCAGCACACCGGGCUUCGCCUUUCCUGAUCAAUAAAAGCUUUUUGGGUUUGCCUUUAUACUUCUGUGUGCUCCAAGGCAGCGGUUCAGCCCUUCUGCUGGUUGUGCUGCUGGGCGAGGGGCUGGGGGCCAGCACUGGAGCUGCGUGCCAGCUGCCCUGGGCUCCUUAGGGCCAGGUGGAGGGAGGGCAGGUCCUUAGCAGCUGGAGAGGGGCUGCAGCACAGCACAA